AUGUGUGCUGCCGAAGCGAAGCACCCUUUAUCUCCAAUUCCCAACCCUAUCCAUUCUCCAGAGGUAGGAUCUAAAAGUGAUUCUUGGGUCGUCGCUGCCCUUGGUCGUGGGGUCGUUUUUGGCGUCAAGGCCGCAGCACUCAGGAUGAACAUAAUUCAGAUUGUUCGUGACCACUGGGUACAUAUACUUGUGCCUGCCCAUGGGGUUUGUCCUUGGAUGUUAUCUAGACAGAAUGAUGAAAAGCUGACUGCCUUCCGGAACAAAAGUUUGUUGUUUAAAAGGGAAUUGAGACCCAGUGAAGAAGUCACCUGGAAGUAAAGGCCCCCAUGACUGAAUUACAGAAUGUUCAUAUUUUAAAAAUUAGGAGAGAAAUAACACAUUCGUUAUUUA